UGGGCGAAUCAUUUUAUUAUAUAUCUAAAUUUCAACUUACAAGCAAAUGAAACUCCUCCUCUUUAGUGUCCACUAGUCUAGUUCUUGUUGUUGAGUUUUCAAGCAGACCUAACCAAGCAGAGAAGAUGGCUCAAUCUUCCUUGUUCAGCAGUGGAAUAGAUAUUGCAAAUGUGGUGGUGAUGAGCUCAGAUCUCCUCCAACAAUCAUGGACAAAAAAUUUAGACCCUAAUAGUGAUACAAAUUUGUCUCCCUCUCUUAAGUACAGAGUUUAUCCACAUGGACCACAUCAACCCCUUGGUACUAUUGUGGCUUUUGGCUCUUCACCUACUUGUACUGUGCAUCAUCUUGAAGGAGAAGGCAGAGAACUAAUUUCAUCAGAAACUCUUAGAGGAGAGGCUUUUCCUUACUUUGAUUUUCUCUUCACCAAAAGGACCCAAGCCUUCUCCAUUCACAAAGCUGCAAUUUUCCUUUUUCGAUCUCGCUACGAUGAUCUUCUUCUCCUGAAAAACCAGCUGCUUGACGUUAUGACCAAUACGUCCACUCGUAUAAUUAUCACAGGACACUCGAUAGGGGGUUCCAUUGCCUCCCUCUUCACCUUAUUUCUGCUUGAAAGCAUUCCCCCGAAAGCCAAACGCCCCCUUUGCAUCACUUUUGGCUCACCCCUUAUUGGUGACUCUGGCUUCCAACAAGCUGUACUCGCACGCCCAACUUGGACUUCAUGUUUUCUGCAUGUAGCCUCUAACUGGGAUCCGAUCCCCAAACUUUUCGUCUCAACUUCCCAAAAUGGAAGUUACCAACCAUUUGGUACAUUUCUCUUGUGUUCUGAAUUCGGCUGUGCCUGUUUUGAGGAACCUGAAUCAGUUUCGGAAUUGCUAGUGGCAAUGAGGUCGGAUGGUGUUGGAAAUCAAGACCCUAACAACUAUACAUGGAGUUUGGAAUGCCUCAAAUCGAAGACAAUCUGUAAGGGGAGUUCAGGGCUGACUGGCAUGCCAAGUACUCUUCGCGGAGGAAUUAUCACACAACUAGAAGCAAUUGGAAUUAAGAACUCACAGUCACAGCUGCAGCAAUGGGGAAACGACGACAUCAAUGCUCUCAUAACAAACAUUGAGCAGAGAACCGAGAAUCUUAUAAUUCAGAAGAGAUCUGCUUUUGAUCCCAACAAACAACUAAAUGACAGGAAAGUAGAUAUGACCCAACUUGAAUGGUACAAGAAGGUCAGAGCCGGUGACAGAGGCUACUACGAUAGUUACAAGAACGUGUUGGACCAAAUUCGGGAACAUAUUGUCAAGAACCACAAAAAACUCACCCUUUACUGGAAGAAAGUGGUUGAAGAGGCAGAUAAGUUGCCCAAGAAGGAGGGAGGAUCCUUUCGCACGCGCUGGCUCUACGCAGGAACAAACUAUAGAAGGAUGGUUGAACCACUUGACAUAGCUGAUUACUAUAGGAAAGGUAAAAGGGACUACAUAACUCAAGGAAGAUCUGCACAUUAUGUCUUCUUGGAGAAGUGGUUGAAUGAUGAUACUAAUCCAGAAGUUCAACGAAACAAUGCAAGUGUGAGAACUGCAGCUUGCAAUCUUACUGAGGAUUCUUGCUUUUGGGCACAUGUUGAGGAGGCUAUUCUUUCAUGCAAGUCAUUCCAGGCUAGAGAAACCAGUCCGGCAGAUCAAGAAUCCUCAAGGGUGAAGUUGAAGGAGUUCGAUCGCUACGCAAUGAAUUUGAUAAAAAAUUUUGGGGUAUCCACUGAGAUUUUCUUGGCACAGAGCAGCUUCAUGCAAUGGUGGGAGGAGUAUGAUAAGAUAAUGGGAACUGAAUAUAAUUCAGAACUCAUUGAUUUCAUAAGAAGUGGCAGACAUCAACAAUAUGCUUAGUGUUGGAGGCUCUUCUCUUCUGAUGCAUAAACCUAACUAAUUAAGCUUGUGUUAAUCUUGUAUUCUUCUUCUAUAUAUAUGUGUGUGUGUUUAUGAACUUGGCUGUGCCAAUUGUCUUGUACUAUGAAUAUUUUCCCAAUUAAAUAAAAAAAAGGAUUAGAUUUCUUUC